AUGGGUUUCAGUUUCAGAGCAUACCGUUGGGUUCAAAGCAUGGUGUUUGCUAUUGAAGAGAUUAAUGAAAAUCCAGCUCUCCUACCAAACCUUACUCUGGGAUUUAGAAUUUAUGAUACCUGCCUGACAGUGGCACGGACACUUCAUGGUACUCUGUGGAUGCUGACAGGUAACGACGUACCUGUCCCAAACUACCAUUGUCAUGGGCACACUCCAUCACCAUCAGCAGCAGCAGCCAUCAUUGGUGAUUCUUCUUCUUCCUGUGCAGUUCCCAUGGCUCAGGUGCUUGAGCUGUACCUACAUCCUCAGAUCAGUUAUUUUGCAACAACUCCACUCCUGAAUGACCGACAGCAGUAUCAAUCAUUUUACCGAACCAUCCCAAGUGAUGAGUUUCAAGCCCAAGGUCUUACCCAGUUGGUGACUUAUUUUGGCUGGACAUGGGUGGGAUUGCUAGCAGAAGAUGAUGAGUAUGGAAAAGAGGGGAUCCGAAUCCUUAAAGAAGAGCUUAUCAAGGCUGGGAGCUGUAUUGCUUUUGAUGAAACUAUUCCCUUACUGUACUCUGAAAAGAAAACCAAACUAAUUGUUGACAUGAUUGAAAAAUCAUCUGCAAGUGCCAUUGUGAUGUUCUGCUUUGAUUCCUAUAUGAUACCAGUAAUUGAGGAAAUUUCUAGAAAAAACAUAACUGGAAAACUUUGGAUUGCCAGUGAGUCUUGGUCAAGUUCCUCCAGCCUUUCCCAUCCAAAGUACAUACAGCUUCUAAAAGGCACAAUAGGGUUUGCAAUCCGAAGAUGUCAAAUUUCUGGACUUGAGAAGUUUCUGCUAAGAACUAGCCCAACAAGGUACCCAGAGGACAUCUUUGUUAGAACAUUCUGGAAAGAAGCUUUUGGUUGUGUAUGGCACCUUUCUGACAACAACCAAACAGUUGAAACACCAGAUGCAACAGCUAAGCUCUGCACCGGGACAGAGACCUUGGAAACACUUAAAAAUCCUUACACAGACGUAUCUGAUCUGCGAGUCACCUGUAAUGUGUACAAUGCAGUGUAUGCUGCCGCACAUGCUCUAUAUGACCUGAGUGUGUGUAUUCCUGGACAAGGGCCAUUUUAUAAUGGGACAUGUGCAAACAUUCAUGAUUAUAAGCCAUGGCAGCUUCUCUAUUACAUCAAGCAUUUAUGUUUUGUCAACAGCGACGGUGAGGAGAUAUACUUUGAUGAAAAUGGUAACAGCCAGGCUUUGUAUGAUAUCUUGAACUGGCAGGUAUCUCCUGGCAGUGCAUUUAGGUUUGUCCAAGUGGGAAGAUUUAAUAGAAGUGCACCCCAAGGCCAAGAACUAAUCAUUAAUAUCAGCUCUAUUGUGUGGGCUGCAGGACACACACAGGUUCCUCACUCUUUCUGCACUGAAAGCUGUCACACUGGCUACAGAAAGGCCUCUCGGAGUGGACAACCUUUGUGCUGUUUUGACUGUUUUCCAUGUUCCCAAGGAGAGAUUACAAACCACACUGAUUCUGUUAACUGCAUCAGAUGUCCAGAUGACAAAUGGCCAAAUGUGAGACAGAAUCGAUGCCUCCCAAGAAUCACAGAGUUUCUGUCAUAUGAGGAGCCCUUGGGCACUGCAUUAGCUAUCAUAUCUGUCAUCAGCUUCUCAUUUCCUGUCAUGGUGCUUGGUGUUUUUGUCAAAUAUCGGGAAACUCCAGUUGUUAAAGCCAACAACAGGGAGCUUAGCUACAAGAUUCUCUUUGCUCUCAUGCUGUGUUCUCUUUGCUCAUUGAUUUUCAUUGGUCAGCCAACAUCAGUGACAUGCAUAUUGAGACAGCCUACCUUUGGUGUAGUGUUCUCCUUUUCAAUUUCCUGUGUUCUUGCAAAGACUGUUACAGUAGUCAUUGCUUUUUAUGCCACAAAACCAAAUAGCAGCUUAAGGCGGUGGAUGGGCCCAAAGCUACCUGCAGCAAUAUAUUUUGCCUGCAGCUGUAUGCAACUUGUAAUAUGCAUCAUCUGGCUGGUGACAUCACCUCCAUUUGUAGAACAUAAUAUUAAAAUUCAGGCUGGUAAGAUAAUACUUCAGUGUAACGAAGGCUCUCCCUAUGCAUUCUGGGGUAUGCUGGGUUACAAUGGACUUCUGGCAGCUAUGAGCUUUACUGUAGCUUUCCUAAGCAGAAAACUGCCUGAUAGUUUUAAUGAAGCUAAAUUUAUCACCUUCAGCAUGAUUGUUUUCCUCAGUGUGUGGCUGUCUUUCAUCCCAGCUUACCUCAGUACUUCAGGAAAAUACAUGGUUGGUGUUGAGGUAUUUGCUAUCCUUUCCUCGAGUGCAGGACUGCUUGUUUGUAUGUUUUUUCCAAAGUGCUAUGUUAUCCUAUUGAGACCUGAAAUGAAUUCUAAAGAUUUUCUAAUGGGAAAGAAAAUGUUCACACAUUAA